AUGGGAGGUGGGAAGGAUAAGCAUAAUGAGGAUCAAGAUAAGGGAUUGUUCAGUCAUUUGGGAGGGCACGGAGGUCCUCCAGGUGGCUACUACCCUCCGCCACCUGGCGCCUACCCUGGAGCUCCUCCUCACGGCUACCCUCCGCAACAGGGUGGCUACCCUCCGCAAGGGUACCCGCCACAGCACGGCUACCCUCCGCAACAGGGUGGUUACCCUCCACAAGGGUACCCUCCUCAGGGUUACCCUCCUGCUGGUUACCCCGCUGGAUCGUCUCACCACACAGGUCAUGGCGGACUAGGGGCAGUGAUUGCUGGGGGUGCAGCAGCAGCUGCAGCUGCUAUGGGUGCUCACCAUGUUAGCCACAGCGGCGGCGGCGGCUACGGCCACAGUGGCGGCCAUGGUGGUGUUGCUCACUAUGGCGGUGGAUACGGGCAUGGACAUGGUGGCAAGUUCAAGCACGGGAAGCAUGGCAAGUUCAAGCAUGGUGGCAAGUUCAAGCACGGGAAGCAUGGGAAGGGCGGGAUGUUCGGUGGAGGCAAGUUCAAGAAGUGGAAAUGA